AUGGAUCACGCAAGGAAGUGUCAACAGAAUCUUCCGGAAGGCCCGAGUUCAUACUACAUUGUUGGUAGCCUUGGCAAUGGUGCAACCUCCAAUGGCUUUCACGCGCUGGAUUCGGAAGGAAAGGAAGUUGCUCUAAAAGUGUAUGUGAAGCACACCAAUGCAAAUGGUACGGUAAUGAGCAAGGAAAAAUUUGAAAAGGUGGCAGAAGCUUCGGUCAACCGGGAGGCGGAGAACUUCAACAGCAUCUACAAUGAUCUCAAAGCGGAGGAAGUCAAGCUGUCGGGAAUCGGGCGCUGGUGCGUCGUUAUGCCAUUCUUUAGACCCAUAGAGAAAGCAAAGCGACGAGGAAACUUGGAGAAAAUUCAGGAGGCGCUUCGCAAAUUGGAGGUUACAGGACUGAAAUACAGAGAUGACGACGUUCGCUGGAGACACGUAGGCUUGUAUAAGGAGAGCUGCAUCCUGUUUGAUCUUGCCGAUUUGGAGAAAGUCAGACCGGACGACACCUCAUUUGUGAAGGGCCACCAUGAUGUAUUAGAGAAUCGAAUUGAAAAGGAACCAGUGGCAGAGGAGAAGCUGUUCAAAAUAGAGACGCCGACCAAGCCGUAG